GCGACGGCGAUGCUGAAGACUCCUACAGGGCGAGUGGUGAUGAAUCUUCAGAUGUUCUUUGUGAAGAUGAAGCGGAAGACGCAGAUGACUUGGAGAUUCGACCCGUGGCUAUGCGUGGUAGAGGAAGGGCCGAAGGCGGGCGUCAACAUAAGGCCGUUUCCUGUGCUGGUCGUGGAUCGAAGGGUCCUGCAGGUGAGAAGGGUGGCAAACGUCCGGCAUGGAGUGUUGAGGAGAUGCUCUAACUCGCCCGGGCAAAGCGGGAUCAGCAAGCUCAUUUUGAUGGAAUGCCGCACACUAAGGGCGGAUGCGGAAUAGGGAAUGGAAGCUGCAGGACCUGCAUAAGUGUUCGGUGGAGGUGGGCGUGAACAGGACGACUGACAACAUCGGUAAGAAGUGGGAUAACGUCUUCCAGCAAUACAAGAAGGUGCACCGAUACCAGAACGCCUCCGGGGGGAAGAACGUCAACUGAACACCUGCGUUGAGAACUGAAGAGGGCUUCAACUUCCAAAUGGACGAGCGCGUGUACCUUGAGAUCGAAAACAUGUCAAAGGGCAAUAAGACCUACCCGGACAACCUGGCUGACACGAGCGCCCGCGGAGGAGUGCAGAUGCCACGUGCGCCAUCCGUUCUUGGAAAAUCUGCCGCCGGGGGAGAUGUGGGUGAUGGCAACGACAACGAUGGAGGCUCGGCGCCGGAGUCCGGCUUCAGUGCAGGCAGCAUGGGAGGGAACAGCAAGAGGAAAAACACGCGGCAGCAGACGUUCGACGCCAUCACCAAAGUCAUGGAGAAGCACGACGCAUUGAUGGUUGACGUCGUGAAGGGGGCAAGCAAGCGGCAGUGUUCCAUUCUGGAGCGGGAGUGCGGCAUGCUCGAGCGCGAGGUCGAUGCCCAGCAGUGGCACUAUGAGGCGUCCAAUGAGGCGAACAGGAUGACGUGCUUUGCAUUGCUGGAUAUCGCCAAAGCCAUCAGGGAUAGGUCCUGAUGCCGCCUCAGCUCCUGCUUCUGCUGAUGUUCUCCCGCGGUCGGUCGCCAUGUUGGUGCAUCUGUCAGCGUUUCCUCCCUCGCUUGUUCUCCGUCGGUGCCACAGUGAUGGCGGUCAUUCCGGACAGUUUAGUUAAACGCGCGUAGUACAUGGUAUAGUCAGGGGUUGGAUUGUUAGUCUAGUUUAACGGUUGUAGCACGUGACAUUGCUGGGGGUUGGAUUGUUUUUUUGUCAGGACUUGUUCGUCUAUAUAUAUAUACACAUGCAUAUAGAUAUAUAUUGUUUUGGAGGAUGCACUUUCCUGGUUUCAUUAGUGAUUCGUCUUGACGACAUGUCCAUGUCCGUAGUUUGUGUUGAUGUGGCGGGAAACGUAGAUUAUGUGCCGCG